AUGGCAGUAGAAUCUCUUACACAAGGAAUAUUUCGAACCUCUAGCGAUGUGUAAGUAACAUAAAAACAUUCCAAAUUUAAACUAUAUUGCUUAAUUGUUAUCAUAUGUAAUUAUGAAAGGAAAAAUAACGUGCGGUGGCCUAGUAGAGUUUAAAUUAAAAAUUUCCUGAUCGAGAUAUGGGUAAAUAAGCCAACAACCAUAUUACUUGAUUUUGUUCACACGAUGAGACUUAUGCCAGUUGAAGUAUAUUCGGUUUCAGUCUUAGGACUGGAUCCAAAUCAAUUCAGUCCUUGGGCUGCAUGGACUAAAAUUUAAUUCAUCUCAGAUAUUAAAUCCGACAAUUCGGACUUUACCUGUAUCCAGUCCUUGCAAUUAUGUGAGUCCUCGUCUCGAACUGAAUUAAUUGGGCGCACUGGAUAUCCUGAAAGCCCUCAUUGUCGGAUUUAAAAUUCUGUUAUUGCCAAAUAUUAAGAAUGUUCUUUCAUUCUGUUGGUUAUAAAUAAAUAUUGAAUAAGUGAUAUUAUAUAGGUACACUAUUUUUCGUCCACCAAAACUAACAAUAAUACAUCACACUGUUAGUAGGCUAUCUCUCAAUCUUCUAGAGGGCAAUCUUUAUUGAUAGAAUCAUAGAAACACCUUGACCAGUUCAUUGUUGAACUAAUAUAUAGUGACUGACCUUUCUUAUGAAAACUGUAUAUAAUAUCCAUAACUGAUUAUAAUAGUGAAAAUUUGAUUUUUAUUCUUCUCUCUUUUGCGAAGGUGGGCAUUCGGUAUUGUACUAUGGGAAAUAGCAACGCUAGGUAAGGCUCAUUUACAAUAUUAAAAUGUCUAUCUAGGAGAUUUCAAGUAUAUAAAUCGAUAAUGGUAAGAUCUUGUGGUUUUACGACAAGAAUGUCAAGCACCAAAAAGCCAGUGAUGUGCUAGUAUUGAUUGUUCAACUUUGUUUAGCAACCCACAGGUCUGUAGGACUUGACAGGAGUUUUGGUCGAUUUUACCUUUGCUUGACCAUAUUCUUCCCAUUUUAAGCAUUAGGCAAACUUGAUCUUUAAUAUUCUUCAAUAAAUGUUUCAGGAGAGGAACCGUACCCUGAAAUUUCCCCUUUUGAAACCUUCACUCUUGUGGCCUCAGGGAAACGAAUGGAAAGACCACCUCAAUGUUCAGAAGAACUGUAAGUUGAUUGCUGAUGGUCCAUAUAUUGUACGUUUUAAAAUUAAACGAUAUCGAUUAUUAUGAGGCCGUCAUGGUGAAAAUGGAAAAGCAAUAAAAACGUUUUGGCUUGUUCUAACUUUUCCUCCAUCUCUAACAAUUCUUGGACAAUGCAUGUUAAUUAUGCAUGUACUAGCUUUACCUGUAAUUACAGGUUGUCUUUUUGUCUCCAAUGUAUUUGUAGGUAUGAGCUGAUGAAAAAAUGUUGGGAACACGAACAAGAAAAUAGGCCGUCUUUUCACGAUAUUCAUGAACAAUUGAAGGGAAUGUUGGCAGAAACAGAUCAU